AUGGAGAAGCUUAUUCUUCUUGACGUUGUGCUACAAUUAAUAGGAAAUAACAGUUCCGAUGAAGCAAACUGUAUGAUGAAACAAAAUGGUGAUAUUCCUGUAACCAGUGCUGCUCCUGAAUAUCAGCAAAA